UAAUCAAGUUAUUUUUUAUCUUAUAUUUUCCGUCAUUAUGGAACGCUUUCAAAUUAGUAGAGCGACGAUGUAUUCCAUAUGUUUCUAUGUUAUCGUUGCUUGCUGUCGUUGUGAAACAAAUCCAGAUAUUGACUUUUUAAUUUGGGGCUUAGAACGUUCCACCUUUAUAUUGACUUGCGUCUGCAGUGAAGUGACCAAUAUAAGUAUAAAACAGGUGUACUUAGGACGCAAUAUGGAGUCAUCACCAAUGGAACCCUUUGACGAAGCAUUGAAUUACAGAAGUGGAUCGAACAAGUGUUUUUGUUCUGUCUUCUUCAGACAUAGAAAACAAGUAGACAUUUGGUAUUGCAAGCUAAUUAUCUCCGAUAACGCAGCUGUCAUUGUUUUUCAAGGCACUCUUAGAUUCCCAGAAGUUUACAUGCCUAUUCCAAUCAAAGCUUGGGGGAAGGUCUAUGUGGCUCUACGUGUUAGAAACUUCGGUUUUAUCAAGCUGAUAUCAGUCGAGAGAAAAACUGUGGUUUUCAUCAACAGGGAUAUGCAUGUCAAGUUGAGACGUCGACAAGAUUCAAAAUUUAAAAUAUUCGAAGCUGAAGUGAAUGAAACUUCCGGAAAUCCGCUUUACGUGUCAGAGGUCAAAUACGAAGGUGUCAUUCUUCAGUCGAGCAACACUUUUGGUGUUAUAACAGGAACUUACCCUACAAACGAAUCUACUUAUACUAUAGAAAGUGGAUUACCGAUGUUCUCUCUACGGAAACAUGAGUAUGUGACAUUCUGUGCAGAAAAAGGCUCUUGCUCGGUUGUAGUAUUUUCUCCAUUCUCUCGAGUCUUCAACAUAACAAGCUUAAAACACGGAAGGACUAAUCAGUACCUCGACCAUCCCAGUCACAUUGUGGUGGUCAAGAACGAUAGCUUGAUCAUUCAAGGGAAAUCCCAUUUACAAGUUCAAGUUUUUAUUGAAAGGCCGGAUAAACGCUCAUGGUCAAUGUAUACCGCCAUUCCUUCAGAACUAUUUUUAACAAAAUAUAUCAUAAAGUUGCACGAUAAUACUAAUGACACAGCAUUUUUAAUCGUGAUCAAUACUAAAGGAUUCGACGACAUUAUGAUAGAAGGUACUAAUGAAUCGCUUAGCGCUACGAGACUAGAGUACCAAGUGAACUACGAACUCCUUUUUAUCUUCUGCUACGAAUUACCCGAGAAUCUGGAAUACGAGAUCUACAGUGUUAGUGAGACUCCGUUCGGGUUAUACUUCUACGGUGAGACAAGCGACGGAAGCUUUGCCUCACCGAUCGCAUUGGGAAAUACCGGUAAAGACUUCAACUAUAGAAGCUCCUUAUCAACGACCAAGCCAUCUAAAACAACAACGACGACAACUCCAUGGUGUAUUAUUAGCAACGUAACCAAGGGAGACAAAAAGGACAAUGAUUGUGAUGGCUACAUUGAUGAGGAACUCUUUAAUGCUAAAGAUGAUGACGACGAUGGUAAAAUAGACGAAGAUACUGCGCUGGACACAGGGACUGGUUGUCUGCCUGGCUGGUUUGGAACUCAUUGUGAGAAAAUGUGCCGCUGUAACGAUUCGGCUUGUUUGCCUAACGGAGAUUGUAAACAAAACGUGUCAUGUGUUUUUGACUUCUUUGGAUUACAGUGUCAGUACAAAGAUUUAAUACAUUCAGCCAACGUGAGUCAAGAAAACGUAAGGUACAGACACCUGACGCCAUGUCAUCACAACUUUACCGCCAAGACUCCAUUGACUAUCACAUUUCCAUGGCCAACUCGCAUCUCUUGGAUUCAGAUCGAAGCUGUAUCAAAAGAUAACCUUCAGGGUCUCAAACUACGAUUCAGUCAGACCCGCAAUCAGUCGUGCUAUACAGGACAUUGUCGGCACCGAAGAGAGUUUUAUCUUAACACCAACACUUUGAGAAUAAUGUGUAGUGCGGCCCAGUACGUCUGCCGUAUUAGUAUCGCUUUCAAUGCGCCCGAAGAAGAAAGAGAACUGUGCUCAAUCUAUAUAAGCGCUGGUCGUAAUUUGGCACUUGGUCAACCAGUAGGAAUGUCCAGCUAUUAUAGAGACAAGCUAGGCAUAGUCAGCCGUAGAUCACUUGCUGUUGAUGGACGUCUGGGGGACAGCUGGAAGAGUUGCUCUACUACUAGACUUCAAGACCAAGAUCCUUUGCUGAGACUCUCGUUUCUAAAUCCUGUUUUAGUUGAGGAGAUUAUUAUAUAUUUCAAAGUAACUGUCAAAAACGAAAGAUUUUCUAUUAAUCUUCUGGACAGCACAGAUAAUGUCAUUUAUAGCUCUACUGGUGUUAUAGAAUCUAUAGUCUCAAUUAUUCCAAGCUCACAAAUAAGUUUGCAGACAAUAGAUGUAUUUAAGCAACAUUCAACCAGCCCAUUGUCAAUCUGUGAAUUGGAAGUCUACGGAGAGUGUGCACCUCCCAUGUACGGUCCUGACUGCUCCGAGAUAUGUAGCAUAUCUUGCAACGAUCAGAUCUGCACGUACGAAGGCUACUGCAAGUGGUGUCCCAACGGAACUGCGGGGCUCUAUUGCUUCGAGGGCUGUCUGGAAUGGUGUGAGGACUACCAGGAGGUCACCAACGCUACGACAACCCCUAGGGUCACUCACGUGGCGUACCACAAACAGUCUGGGUUUCGGGUGGAAAAUGUUUGGCUUUAUGUCAUGAUUCCAAUCGCCAUAGUUGGCAUAUGCUCCGUCUUCAUAUGCACUGGACCGUCACGUGACCUGGAGAAGGUCCCAUCGGAACCAAAGACGUAUCAACAGGAUUUUUAUCAACAUUAUUUGUUAACAAAAGAGUCUGAGAAAACCAUGUUUAGUGAAACUGAUAACCAAACUUCGACGUCUGUGGAUGUUACCGAUGCUUUGAACACUUUAGAGAUUGUGACACCUUCUAUGACGACAACCAAUGCUUGAAUCUGAGAAUACUUAAUGUAUAUGCUAAUGUUAAACAAUAAUGUAAUGAAAUAAAUCGUUGUAUUGUUACGGA